UGAGUAAUCUAUCAAAUAAUCUGACAGCCAGAACAUGGCUCCCAAAUUAUAUUUAAUAUUUUUCAUUUGCAUGGUAUUGAAAAUCAAUUUUGCUGCUUCACGUUGUGAGGGCAGCAAAGUGGAUAUUUUCUUCAUACUUGAUUCUUCAGACACUGUCACAGAUGAAGACUUUCAAAACGAACUAAUAUUUGCGACUAACUUUGUCCUUGGCAUUAAAACCAUUGGAAAGCAAGGAAUACAGAUAGGAAUACAGACAUUUGCAGCAAAUACCCAAAACAUUUUUCAUCUUGAUUCACAUGAUAACAAAAUUGAUAUAGUAACUAGAAUUACACGUAUAAAACGCUUGAGAGGAAUGUCUAAUUUACAUUUAGCUUUAGAAGAUGUUAAGAAGUAUGGAUUCAGUCCGUCUCUGGGUUCCAGAGGUUUGGCUCAUAAAGUAGCUAUUAUAAUAACCAAUGGAGCUAUUUCGAAUUGGCCAUCGGCUAAUUUUGAAGCUAAAAAGCUUAUUCAGGAUCAUGUCCAAAUUAUUGUCAUUGGUGUUGGCACGAAUCUAAACCCCAGAAUCUUUUUAGGUAUCGCGUCCUCGGGGAAUGAUAUCUUCAUUGUGCCGAAGUUUAAUGCCUUGGGAAAUCUUCAGCAACAGAUAAAACAAUCUACUUGUAAAACUUGCAACGUAAUUCCAAAAGAUGUCAUUUUUGCUUUGGAUACUUCUACGAGCAUAGACGUGUCAAAGUUUACAGAUAUGACGAAAUUUGUGUCGGACUUCGUUCUUCAAACAAUUGUAUUCGGUCAAAACGGUACCCAGGUCGGAAUAUAUACUUUCUCUGAUUUUCCAAAAUUAGAACUUCCACUGGGUAUAGACGACGAAAAGCUUUCCUUUAUUAGUGCGCUGAAGGGCUUAUCUCUGGUACACGGUCAAACAAACACUGAUUUAGUUUUAGAUGCUGUUCAAAAGGAUGGUUUCAGUACGGCAUUUGGGGCGCGACCAAAUGUAAAGCAUGUGUUGAUCGUUGUUACCGAUGGUGCUUCACAAAAGCCGUUUGAAACUCAAAUAGCAGCCAGAAAACUACACGCAUUGAACGUUGAAGUAUUCGCCAUUGGAGUCAGUAGUAGUGUUGACACGAACGAGCUAUUUAAAAUAGCAUCGUCACCUCAAAAUGUGUUCAUGAGCCCAAAUUUUCAAGUAUUAAGCCAGCUUGUAAGUAGUAUCAACAAACUGGUAUGUGUAACGACGAAAUAAUUCUCAAAUGAUUGACAGCUUUCAUACGAAUCAUUGCUACUUGCCAAAUAAAACUUUAAAAAAUUCUGAAUCAAUGAUAUAUAAGAGACUCAAAGGUUUGAAUACAAUAUAACGUUAAUAAAGUUUUGUUUUCAAAAAAUUCAUAUCUAGAAGGAAGAGUACCAGAUAUCUUGGCUUUAGGAAAAAUCAUCAUUAUACUGGUUAACGAGCGUUAGGGUCACUAAUUU